AAGUAUGUACAAAUGAAAAUAUAUGAGUUCGAAAAAUCGAAGUUGAAAAGCAGGGAAGGAAUUGCCGGUUUGUUAGGGUGGUCGGCUGGGUAGUUGGUGAUUGUUACGUGAUUUGUUUAUGCCUUGUUUGUAUGGUAGGCGAAGUGACCAUGCUGACGGGAAGGACGAAGCACAUUCUCCACUGCAUUCUACUUUUCACAGUAAUUGCUGUAUUUGAAGUUUUCACCGGUGGUGUUCGAUUAGGAAACAGUAAACCCGAAGAAUUUGAUCCAUGGGAUAGAUAUGGAUAUGUUGGAACCUUCGUGUUGUACUUGUUACGUCUCCUCACUUUCCUUCCACUGCCACAGGUGAUAUUCAACUUUGCAGGACUCACGCUUUAUAAUGCUUUCCCAGAUAAAGUGACACUUAAAGGUUCGCCACUGUUAGCUCCCUUCCUAUGCAUCAGAAUAGUGACAAGGGGAGAUUAUCCAAAGUUGGUUCGUGCGAAUGUUGCUCGUAACAUGACCUGUUGUACUGAGGCUGGUCUUGAAAACUUUAUAAUUGAGGUUGUGACAGAUAAAGCUGUCGGUUUGUCAUCACAUAGGCGAGUGAGAGAGGUGGUGGUUCCUCCUUCAUAUCGACCAAAGAGUGGGGCUCUUUUUAAGGCCCGAGCACUUCAAUAUUGUUUGGAGGAUGGCGUGAAUAUUCUUGCCGACACAGAUUGGAUUGUGCAUCUAGAUGAGGAGACACUCCUGACUGAAAACUCUGUUAGGGGAAUCCUCAAUUUUGUGUUAGAUGGAAAACAUCAGUUUGGACAAGGCCUCAUCACAUAUGCCAACGAAGAUGUAGUGAAUUGGGUUACCACCCUUGCUGAUAGUUUCCGAGUCGCAGACGACAUGGGCAAGCUACGACUGCAGUUCUCCAUGUUCCACAAACCUUUAUUCAGUUGGAAAGGAUCCUAUGUUGUCACUCAGGUGGGAGCCGAGCGAGCGGUGUCUUUUGACAAUGGACUCGACGGGUCGGUAGCGGAGGACUGUUUUUUUGCGAUGAGGGCCUAUAAGGAGGGCUACUCGUUCAACUUCGUGGAGGGUGAGAUGUGGGAGAAAUCGCCUUUCUCGCUCUGCGACUUCGUUCAGCAAAGAAAGCGGUGGCUGCAGGGGAUUCUGCUCGUCAUACACUCGAAAGCCAUUCCUCUGCGUUACAAGCUUCUGCUUGGCAUCUCUUGCUAUUCUUGGGUUACGAUGCCCUUAUCUACGUCCAAUGUGGUGUUGGCUGCGCUGUGCCCAAUACCGUGUCCACCUCUGAUGGAUUUCGUCUGUGCAUUCAUCGGUGCCAUCAACAUAUACAUGUAUGUUUUUGGAGUUGUCAAGUCUUUCUCCUUGUACCGGUUCGGAAUGCUCAGAUUCCUUCUGUGUAUAUGUGGAGCACUCUGUACAAUACCGUUCAAUAUACUCAUCGAGAACGUGGCAGUUAUGUGGGGACUUUUCGGUCACAAACACCGCUUUUAUGUUGUAAAUAAGGAGAUUAAGCAAGUAAUUUCAGUUUAGAAGAAACUCUCUUCUGUCAAAACUUGUAACUGUAUCGCCAUCGAAUCAUAUUGGGAGGCAUCGCCGUUAAAGAUGCAUAUGCCGAAGAAAUGCCGUUCCCCCUGAAAAUCUGACAGUCGUUCACCAUCAGUUGUCUGGAAGAAGUAAGAUGAUGAGAACAUGCGGCGCAUUCUUUUAAUGCAAGUAAGUCACACGCUGAUGUCAAUGAAGAAUGGAAGCAACCAUCAGUUUGUUAAUUCAGAAACAUACUUGAAGACUUGAAGCAAUGAUGUGUUAUCUCAGUUGAUGGAUGGUCGGUAUCAGAGAGAUAAUGAUCUUGGUGAGCGUUGCCCUCAUCAUUCUGGCAUGUAAUUUAACCAGGUUAUCUGUUAGUGGUCCAAUGUGUCAUCACAGCCAGCAACAUUUUCGCUUCAGAGGAAGUGUAUCGAGAGAGAACGUUCUGUCCCUCGCCCCUCACAGCAACAAAUAUGGUGGCCAGGUGGCCACACCAGAACACUAAUGCACUUAAUCUUUGUCAAUGAGGGAUCGUGUUUUCAGUUCGUAAUAGACGGGUUGAGUUACUUUUCCAUCAUGUUCAAAGUACAGUUGUUACUAGUUGAUCCACGGUCAUUUGUGUACAGUUUUUUUUGUUCUUUAUAUAUAUAUAUAUAAUUUUUUUCUUUUGUAUUUUUUUUUUUGGGGGGGGGAGCAUUAGUUAAAGAUGUAGAGAAACAGCUAGAUAUCUUGAGUAUAUGAAGCUGUGCAGCCAUUUAGUUUCUUCAAGAAUUUGAUCCUCCGUAUGCCUCAUAUUGAGGCAAAUUUAGUUUCCUUCUUCUUGCGCCCUUCUUUUUCUUUUUCCCCUCGUAAUUAGAGCAAAUGAACAAAUUUUUGUGUUCACAUGAACUAAUGACAGGUGCAUGUACACUGUCAUUUUUGUUCCAAUACAAACUCUCAAAAAGCAUUCUGAGGGUUAUUUCCUCUUUCGAACAAGACGGUAUUCUUGAAUUGGUGACUCAUAAUUUAUCCGCAAAUCCACGAUCUUGCAAAUGUAUGGAUUUAAGUAAUAAAUGCAUUAAUACUGAAGGAUAAUUGUUAUAAAAGAAAUUAAAUGCGGAUAAAGAACCGAGUAAGCACAUUCUACGCUGGACCGCAACCCGCGACUACCACGCACGCUUCAUAUUCCUGACAAAAUCUUUGGAAUGACCUUCGGUUGCUGCGACUUGUCGAAUGAAAGCCGUUUGUUCGCUGUUUUGCCAUGCGCUACAUCACAGUAGGAGCUGUACAGUCAUUUUCCCCACUUGUAUUACAAAAGUUUCACGCGUAUAACUAGAAAAGCUUUAAUAAUUUACUGCGUACCUUCAGCAUCACAUGAUUUCCUUCUUUUGACAUACUUUGUAUAUUGUUAUAGUUACUGUAUUAGUGUAUUUCAUGUAAUAAUAUUCAGAUCUCGGGACGGUCUAUCUUGAAAAAGAGAAAUGAGUCACAAGUAAUAUAACUGCAUGGUUAUUAUAGAAAUUUAUAUUAUAGGUAUUAGAAUAAACUGUUGAGACAGCAAUUAUGUCUGCCAUGUUAUAUUGGCCACUACACGAUGCAGGAAUAAAUCAGUCGAUAUUAUUAUUACUACCUACUCUACAUUGUAUUUUCAAGCAGUUUCACAGUAAUGAGAAGUGAUACAUUAAAUAUAUUCUUACAUAUAUUCUCGUGUUUUUUAAUACUGUAAUAUGGUCUUUGUUCACAGAUUUAUUUUAAUUUGUGUGAAAAAAAAGUUAUUUUUUGGCAAAGUAUUUCACUUCAAGGUGUCGUUCAGAAUGUCGCCAGAGACAAAUUGAGCACAAGAAAGGCAGAAGUUUGUACGUUAGUUUUAAUAUACUUGUCUGCGUUUCUUUCGCCAAAAUUGACACAAUACGGUCGUCACAGAGUACAGGACCAUUAAGUGACUUCAUGGCAUAAACCAAAGCUAUUUGUGACUUCACAUUGCUUAUUUUCAAUUUGGGUUUCAAUAUAUUACCAUAUAUGACCUCAGUAGUAUUUUAGGUUUUCAUGGCAGUGAGUCUGAAGACGCUGCGCCAUGUAUGGUAAACGUCUACCAGACUACAUGGCGCAACAACUCGGAAGACACCCAUCUUCUUAUACGACCUUACUAAUCUUCUACGCCUCUAGACAUAAAAUAACUGCCGCCAUGUCCUUGCGUUAACGUAAGAAACACUGAUUAGGGCAACUUUGUAUCUGGCUGUACCCGAAUUGAAGUUCGGCAUAUCCUACUGUGCGACUGCCAGUCAUUCUAGUCAAUUGUUAUCCAUUUGUUUUUUUUUGUUUUUUUUGGGGGGGGGGGAUUCUUAAAAAGGUCCUAGGAAAUAUGUAGUACAUAUAGACUGAGUCACUCAGCUACGACUGGCAGAAUGAUGCCAGACCUUCACGUGAUGUGGCCAAUUUGACAAUAUACAGACAAAAUAAUUGCUGAAUUCUCUUAUAUUUAAGGGAAUAAAAAUAUUACUUGGUUUCAUAAAAAGUACUUCAUUUAUUCUCUGUUACUGUGUGAUUAGGUAGUAUAAGUUAAGUAUAUAAAGAAGUAUGUUUUAA